GUUGUUCGACGGAUAGACAUUCAAAACUAUUGCAUCGAUAAAGGAUUCGAGCUAGUCGAACUGGCACCCGACGACCACCUUAUUGCUGAACAAAGUGAUGCGGAUGAAUUGCGUGAACAGGAUAGCUUUGAACGAUUAUACAAAGGUCAUCCAGGCAUAUGUUUGGCCCAAUCUCAACUACAAAGAGAAACAUUCCUCAUCAUACAACAUCAUAUCAUCUGGAUCAAGCGAUACGCUCAUCACACAGAUCAAUAGGCUGCAUUGCGGUGGUGAUGAAACAUUGAAAUGCUCGACGAAUAGUGGUCUUGCAUCAAGCUCUACAUGUCAUCAGCCUGGUGACGACGAGCAGCCAAACAUUACCACCGAACAAGAAGCUGACAGGUUCGAGAGCAUGUUGUCCAAAUUUACGCAAAUGAAAGAGAAAGCAUCGAAAAUGGAGGAUGAAGCAGAACGUAAACGUUAUGCGGAACAAGUGGCCAUUGCAUUCUGGAAUUCUAUCGCCGAUGACCAAGAUGAAGUCCUCUUUUCAAGCGACGAAGAUCCGAAUCACGUUUAUACAAUGUUCUAUUCUGAACGUCUGGAAAAUCUCUACGAAUGGACCGAUUUGAGUCGAUUUGAGCAAUCGGUGUAUGGAAAACUGCCGUACGGUAUUUUCGACAUGUUUGGCUGGUCAAGUAAAGACAAAUUGAAUGCUUUCGGCGUGAAUGACAAAACAAACCGCCGUGUUCCAUACGAUCGUCGUGCCUCAGACGAAAGACCGUGGAAAUGUCGCCAUUGGCACUAUGAUCCAAGAGUGAUGCCCAAAGUGAGCGUCAUCAUUCCGUUCCAUGAAGAAGAUAUGAUCGUUCUUACUCGAACCAUCUUUUCGGUGCUGUUGAACAGUCCACGGUCAAUAUUGAAAGAGGUGAUUGUCAUGGCCGAUGGCUGCUGCAAUCAAUACACGAAUGGUACGCUUUCUUAUCUGAAUUCAGAAAUCUAUUCCAACCGCCACCAACAACACUUGCUCAACAAUAUUGAGAUAUUUCGCAUGUUUUCGGUGGAAUUAUUCCUGGAAUAUUUGCCACUAUUGUUUGGCGAGAACGUACAACACGGCAAGGUUCGAGUGUUCAAGACGCAAGAACGAUUUGGUUGGUCUCGUUCCAUCCAUAACGUAUUGAGCCAGGUGACUGGUGAUGUAUUGGUUGUCCUCACUUCUCAUGUGGAAGUGUCGGCCAAUUGGCUCAUACCAUUAUUGGCGCCAAUCGUCCAAAACGAACGUACAGUUGCCGUACCGGUUUUAGGUCAAAUCGAUCGUCAUAAUUUCUACUUUUCUGUUGAAUCUCCAUCCGCAGUGUAUUGGGAUGGGGCACUCAAGACCCGAAAAAUUCGCUUGGAUCAAGUUGCCGAUUAUCACUUUGUCAAUCGAUGGAAGAAAAAUGAAACGAUUCGAACAUUUCCAAGAAAAGUUGAUCUUCUGAGCCAGGUUCAAUUUGCGAUAGCUCGAUCAUAUGCCGAGCAGAUUGGCCUAUUUGAUUCCGAUCAUGUGGUCAAUCCGAAUGCCGGUCACGUAAUCUGGGAUUAUACGUACAAAAUCCGAAAAUGUGGUGGUGGUGGUGGUCGUAUCCUGGUCAUACCGUGUUCGCUCAUCUACGAACUGCCCAAGCUGAUGGUCCAUUCGAUGGGACAAGUUGUCGAUCGGACGCAUCGAGCAUUCAAUUAUCAAUACGAACCUGACUGUCUUCGUAGACAAUUUGCCAUCGAAUUUCUGGAUCCAAACGUGCUGUUGCAUGCAUUCUACGUUCACUAUCCAAUACUCGAUUGUCCACCAUCAUCUACUGCAGCAGCAGCAGCAACAUGUUCCCAUCGACCAGAAAAAGCUCGAGAACAUGUCACCGUGGACAAUGAUUCGAUUGAAUUGCAAACUUUUCGAUCUGGAUGGCCACCACCACGUAAUGUUGAGUUUGGUCAAUUGGUCAACGUGGCGUACGCUGUGUGUAUGGCUCCCGAAAAAUUGAAGAAUCAAGUUGUCAUGAUUGGUUCCUAUUGUAGUGCUGCCAGUAGUAGUAGUAGUAAUCCUCGUGGUCGAUUGUUGCGUUUGAAUCAAGAAAAUCAACUGUUUUACGGUGUUGAAUGUCUCAUACCGAAUUUGGUUUCGAAUCAAAUCCAAUUGAGUGAUGAUUGCCGACAAGAUUUGUCUAAAUCCUGGCACUACGACAACAACAAUCAACAGUUGAUUGUGUCCACGUAUUGUCUGGAUUAUUGGCCCGAAAAAGGCUUUUUAUUCACUAAAUGUUCUGAUAAUUCUAGUCAACGUUGGCAUUGGUUGCAUUAAAUUG